AUGGUUGCGAACGCUUGCAAUACAAACAAUGAUAUGAUAGGAUUUAAUGAAGAUGUUAUGAGGUCAUUGGUGGAUGAUGGUAGUGUGGAACAUAAAUGGGAUAGCUAUGACAACACACAUUUCUUAUGUGGUUUUCCAACAGAAGUGGACUUUUGCUUCCAGCAAGGUCAAACAUCUACUGCUCCAAUAACAUACAAAUUGUCUGUUAAAGGACCUAUUGAACUAGCAACUGAAAAUGUACCAAAGCCACUUAUUGGAUUUAUGAGGGAUUGUUGCUUUGCCAUACAAGUAAGACAGUCAGGCAUACCAAUAAUAAGAUUAGAUGACUAUAACUUAGCAGCUGACGACAGUGAGGAAUAA